AGAUAAAACACUUAAAACUCAUAUAUAUAUCCACAAUCCUUAGAUAUUAUAUUAUAUUCCAUUAAUAGUUUGGAUCCAUAACUUAUUCAGACACAAUGAAAUUACUGAUUGCCCUCUCGUGCUUUGCCGUCGCCUUUGCAUUUCCGUCCUCACCUGGCAUGGGAUACCGGAAUGAUGAAAGGAAUAAAAUAAAUGAACUCGAUUUAUCCCACGAAGACCUACAAAGUAACGAUUUAAUUAAAGCAUACGAGCAAUUAAUCGGGAACAUAGGCCGUCUCUCUCGUGCAGACGAAGAAGAAGACAUUGUAAAUAAUAUUAUUGAAGCAAUUAUCGCUAUAGGACAAAUAAUAACAGAGAACAGACCUCCUAUACCACAUCGACCGGGACAAGAAGGUGGUAAUAUCCAUAACAUAACCCGCCCUGGUGGGAAUGCCACUGAAAGACCUACUGGUAGUCCUACUGGAAGACCUACUGGGAGACCUACUGGGAGACCUACUGGGGGACCUACAGGGGGACCUACAGGGGGACCUACUGGAACUCCUACAGAGACUCCGGGUGCAAAUGAAAUUAACACCACUAGUCCAGAGAUAACUAGUGAAAUUCCAUCUAGCCCCGAUGAUAUAAGUUCUGGGAGCAAUGAAAUAAAUGAAGAUUCUUUGGAGGAUGAAGAAACUUAUUCUGUUAAUGAACCCAUUAUUGAGAGACGAUACAGAUUUCCAUCGGUCUAUGAAAUGAAUUAGAACCUUCCAUCCAUUGCAAACAACAUAUAGUUUGUUAAUGAACCUAAAAUAAUUUAUUUAUAAAAAGCUUUAAAAAAUUAUGAAUGAUAUUGAACUUUUCAUAUGAAAUAAAUCAAUCUAAAUAAUA